GAAGUUGCCGAUUCGAUUGUAAGGGUUGGGUGGAAGUUUCGCCGACCGUCAAGGUAGCAGUAGAAUUGUUUCGUAGUAUGCGGCCUUCAGAGACAUUACAAUAUGCGUGUGGAAAGCUCCAGGACUCACUGUUUGGAAGUAUGCGAGACCAAUCAUUCGUCAAAAGAUAAGAUGUUGGUAUAAAUUAAUAAGUUUGUCCCCAUUCCAGCAGAAAUUUUGAACUCCAAUAUCAACGUACAAUAUCAACGCCAGCGCGAAUUUCACAUAAUGUCAUCCCAACCUUCCAGUGAUAUUUCGGGACCCAACAAAGCAAUUGCUACAGGUUUAUCGCCACUUCAUAAAAUCAUUGUCGGCAUAGACUAUGGAACUACAUUCUCAGGUAUUAUUUGUGGCAUUAGCACCAUGCAAAAUAGCGAUGAACUUAUAAUUCUUCCUCUUCACGCCGAAAACGAAAACGGGCAAAGAAAGGUCCCAUCCAGGUUUGCAUAUGCGAAAGAGAAUACGAUUUUAAAAAAGAACGCAUGGGGCUCUGAAGUAGGACCAAGACAUACGUCAUGUUCUUGGACGAAGCUCCUUCUGGACAAGAAUGCUGUCUUUGGCGAAGACGACGAUAUAAUCUCAAAACUAGUCAUCGAUGAUGGAAUGAUGCACUUGCCAUCACAUCGUGACUGUAAGGGUGUCUGUGAGGACUAUCUCCAUGAGUUGUAUGUUAGCUUUUCUGGGUAUGCCGAAAGAACACUCGGAAAAGACGCCUUCAGGAUGUCGCCAAAAGAAUGCUGGAUUACUUUGCCAGCCAUAUGGUCUGAUGAAGCAAAGCAUGCCACCUUGAACGCUGCCAAGAGAGCUGGAUUUGCAAAGAAUCCAAUGGAUCAGAUACACACAAUUGCGGAACCAGAAGCGGCAGCGAUUGCAACUUUGAAAGAGCUUGCUGCACCAGGAACUCUCAAUGCUGUGCAGCGUGGUGACAAUGUCUUGAUAUGUGAUUGUGGGGGAGGGACGGUCGAUAUCACCACGUACACAGUCACUUCAGUUGAGCCGAAAUUGACCUUUGAAGAGCUUUGCAUUGGAAUAGGUGGGAAAUGUGGCUCAACUUAUAUUGAUCGUCACCUUCACGCCCUCUUAUCUGAUCGUUUCGGCGAUGCUUUCGAAAGCAUCCCAUAUUCGAGAAAGGGACCGGGAAGCGUUUUAAUGGACAACUGGGAGUUGCUUAAGAAAAGCUUCGGUGGCAACAUGGAGGAUUCUGGCACCUUCGAGCUAGGUCCGCUGUACCUCGAUUUGCCAAGCUCGCAUCAUUAUGACAGGGUUGAUAAUCUUAUUUUCCUAUCACUUGAGGACAUGAAGUCUGUGUUCGAUCCAAUCGUCGAUCGAGUAAUCAAACUAGUUCAGAAACAAGUCGUCCAAGCAGAGCACCAAAGGAGAGCAAAAAUCCAUCGUAUAACUCUUGUGGGUGGAAUGGGAGCUUCGAAGUAUCUACACGACAGAUUAUUAUCGUGGUGUGCUUCAAAUGGAAAAAUUGAGCUUCUAUGCCCUGUCCGUCCUGAUCUCGCAGUUCUGAGAGGUGCUGGAAUUCGGGCACUGGAAGAACUUGCGCCUCGUAUUAAGUAUGUUCGUCGGCAUUACGGUUUCCGAAUUAGCCGCGUCUUCCGGGAAUUGCUCGAUGAGGAAAAGUACGCAUACAUCGACGACUACUCGAAUCAAAAGUAUUGUAAAGGCCGAGCAGUAUGGUGUGUUUCAAAAGGCGAUGAGAUAACUGCGGGGUGGUUUCAUUCAGAAGGCUGUUCCUCCCCUUACCGCCCUGGAAAGCCUAUAAGCUCUAUGAUUGAACUUUAUUCAUGCGAAGGAGAUCAACAACCUGAUAGGAUGGACGAUCCACGAGUCAAGAGCGUCGGCAAAAUACCUUACAACUUCCCCUCAGAUUUCAGUUUUGGGUUGAACAGCAAGUCAAGAUUCAACCAGCGUCUCGACAAGAUGGUUCAUGAGUUCCAUUUUCAGAUUCAAGUUAUUUUUGGUGACAGAGGAGCCAAUUUGAAAUUCAGGCUCGCUGUUGGAGGUAGAGUGGUAUCCGACACUACUAUCGAGUUUCCUGAUCAUUGAAGUGGUAAAACAAUUAUCAAUACUCAUAGAUUGUAGAGGUUGAUAAUGAGGAAGAGAUAUCAGUAGAUUGAGUUUAGAUACUUUGCGUGGAACUUGGAUUUUUAGUUUUGGUUUUAGCCAACGUCAGGAAUAAAGAAUGAGGAAUAUCUCAAUUGUGCAGCGCCGCGUAUUACUCAAUUCAUUUUCCA